CGUCACAUCCCAAAGAGAGGAGUGAAUGGUGAAGCAUUUAGCAAUGCUGUUCGCGCCCUAAUUACUGAUAUGAUGCUAUUCGAGAGUCCUCGCGCGUUAUGUCGCUGACAGCUUCUGCUGUCUCAAAACUAAGCUAUGGAACCCUUCCAAGUGCGCCUCAACUGCGUGGAUCAUUACCAGGCAACUCCGUCAGAACUCGAUCCUCCCCUGCCGUACAGGGAUGGUGCUGCGGGGAAGAAUGAUAGAUCGAAAGUCCCCGUAAUUAGAAUCUUCGGAGCAACAGAGACUGGCCAGAAGGUGUGCGUCCAUGUGCAUGGCGCCUUUCCUUAUCUGUAUGUCGAGUAUGACGGCGAUCUGGAUCCAGAGAAAGUGAGCUCCGCCAUCCGGAGUCUCCGGCUCUCAAUCGAUCAAGCAUUGGCAGUAAGCUAUAAUCGCAACGAAAAUGCCAGGAAAAUCCCCUUUGUCGCGCAUAUUACGCUGGUCAAAGGUGUGCCCUUCUAUGGAUACCAUGUGGGCUAUAAGUUUUACUUUAAGAUUUAUCUUAUGAGCCCUGUUUACACGACCAGACUGGCAGACUUGCUGCUCCAGGGCGCUAUCCUGAAACGCCCUCUACAGCCAUAUGAAAGUCACCUGCAGUUCAUCCCCCAAUGGAUGUGUGAUUACAGCUUGUACGGGUGCGCUUCCAUGAAGUGCAGUAAAGUCAAAUUCCGUACUCCAACCCCGGAAUACCUUGAGCUUACUGACCUAUCUCAUCGCUGGCAUGAUCGAUCAAUCCGGCCCGAGGAUCUGUUGGACGAGUCGGUUUUCCCCAAGCAGAGUCAUUGUCCACUAGAGGUUGAUGUUUGCGUCCAAGACAUACUAAAUCGCACAGAAAUCAGUGAAAGGUCUAUCCACCAUGACUUCACCGAACUAUUGCAGCCGAUGGCCUCUGAAGAAAAACUUGUUCCAAGCAUGGCGGGUCUGUGGCUAGAUGAGACACGAAGGAGAAAGAAACGCCUUGGGCUGGAACCAGGCAGUAGCCCGUUUGAUACCCACGAGCUAGUGUCCUUGUCCGUUAACCCGAGAAACCAGUCUAGAGGAGGCUGGAUUCACGAAGAAGAGUAUCGUGAAAUGACUGUGCAGACUAUGGACGAGGAAAAACAGGAGAGUAGCGGAGGCCAUGUGACAUUCGAUGAUCUACUUUCGCAGAAUCCCUUCGCAAAAGAUGUAAAGACUGCGAUGCAGAGUGUCGAAGAUUUCUUUCCGAACAACAACGAUUUCGCUAGAUAUCAACUUCAGUCCGAUCAGGCAGAUGCAGCAGCGGACGCGGAAGUAAAUGAAGAUGAAAAUGCCACUGGGCCUGUGGAUUCGGACGAAGACUCUUACUUCUCAGGCGAUAAUAUUCCCGAUAUAAUCUUUGGUGAAGACAGUGGAGAUGAAGCUGCAAGUACAGUAGAUGGCGACCAGGACGAAGACAUCGUUGUUUUAGUUCCCCAAAACAGAGCCGAUACCGACCAUGCACGCGAGUCCGUUGCUCCUAUCGGCGAUUUCGAUCAUCAGACAGAUAUGACUAUCAAGCGACAUCUUGAUCUGGAUGUAAAUGGUGACCUGGAUUAUCCAAAUGCUCAUGAGGGUAGUACGACACACAAAUGGAGCACAGAUGGACUGCCCAAACACUCCGAAAGCGAAGAGCUCAGCCAUAACCGUCCGCGCAAGCGACACAGGUAUUUUGAUGAAACACCAUCGCAGAGGCUAGAUAGACCACGGAAGACUUUGAAGACUGGAAGUCAUAUCUACCAUGCAAACCCCAAAGCCGAAGAUGCCGUCAACAACUCGGAUGGUCUUGCAAAUAGAAUCAGCUCGCCAGGGAAGCUAACGCAAUCAACUGUCCGUCCUAGAGGGACUGAACAGAAUGGGAGGCUCAACUUUCCGGUUGUCAAGGACCCCAAUGACCCUAUGACAGUUCUGCGUUUCAGCCAGGACGGUGCGCCUUCUUCCAAGGAACUACGAGAAUUCGAAAGCGACAUAAUGCGUCCUGAAUCUAAUGUGACUGUUUCCAGAAGCAUCAAAGUGAAUAACAACCCAUCACAACCGCAGCCAUCAUCUACAGCAACGAAGGCUGAUGAUAUUUCGGAUACACUGGCAUUAGAAAUGGCGUCAAGUAUCCAUGCAGCCUUCAAUAUGCCUGCGAACGCUCGCAUCUGUUUCUUGCGAACUUCAUGUCCCGGUCCUAGUGAGGUUUCUUCAACACCCCAUAGUUAUGAGUACCCGUCUGUUGUCUACCAGAAGGCCUACUACAGCGACGAGAAUGACGUGCCGGAUCGUUCGAGGGACUAUGCAGGCAGAGAGUUUCGUUUAGAAAGUAAUGGUAUACACUAUAUCCCAGAUUUCGAUCCGUUAGGGCGUUCGAUGGCGAUGCUGGGCGAGCAAUAUGCGACAAGAGAUAAGGGAGACCAGGAGGCGAUUGACCAGCAGCUACGAGCUUUCUCCACGUCUAGGGUAUGGGAAUUUGCUCCUGUCCCCCCAAGCCGCUCAGAAGUUAUUGAUUGGUUCGAAAAAAUUCAAGCGGAGGAAAAGUCCGAUGCCAUUCAACCCAAGGGCCGCACACAGGGGCAAGUGAGGGCGAACGUCAUGUCGCAAAUCGAAGGUCCUACACAGAAGAAUGAUUAUGGCUUCAAGUACUCACAGAAAGGGAAGUCCACCAGUGUGGAGCACCAGACCCAGUAUAUGAGCAUCAUGGGCCUGGAAGUGCAUGUGAACACCCGCGGUAUGCUGUCGCCAAAUCCAGAGGAAGACGAGAUUACAUGCGCAUUUUGGUGCCUGCAGUCAGAAGACGGUGAUCUUGAUACCAACGGUAUGGUGCCAGGUGUCCAUAUUGGCAUGAUAUCUCAAGGAGAAGAUGACAGGCCAGAUAUCAAGACCUCCAAGGCUUCGGGAAUAGACUGGGAACAUGAGACGACUGAACUUGACUUGAUCAACCGAGUAGUAGACAUUGUCCGCUGGCAUGACCCCGAUAUCAUCACUGGCUACGAGGUACACAACAGCUCUUGGGGCUACCUCAUCGAGCGGGCCAGGAAGAAGUAUGAUUUUGACAUUUGCGACGAACUAUCCAGAGUGAAGUCACAAGCGCACGGAAGAUUUGGCAAGGAUGCCGACCGAUGGGGGUUCAACCACAGCUCGUCUAUUCGAGUCACCGGACGGCAUAUGAUCAACAUUUGGCGAGCCAUGAGAAGUGAGCUGAAUUUGCUGCAGUACACACAGGAAAAUGUCGCAUUCCACCUACUGCACCGUCGUGUUCCACACUAUUCUUCACAUGACCUCACAGAAUGGUAUCAAAGUGGGAAGCCUCGCAACAUAUUGAAAGUAGUCGAAUAUUUCGUCUCACGCGUUCAAAUGGACAUUGAAAUCGUGGAGUCGAACGAACUGAUCUCCAGGACCAGCGAACAGGCCAGGCUGCUUGGCAUAGACUUCUUCUCAGUAUUCUCCCGGGGCUCUCAAUUCAAGGUCGAAUCAUUGAUGUUCCGCAUUGCAAAGCCGGAAAACUUCAUGCUGGUCUCCCCGAGCAGAAAACAAGUUGGCCAACAGAAUGCUCUUGAAUGUCUUCCCUUAGUCAUGGAACCCCAGAGCGACUUCUACACAAGUCCUCUUGUGGUGCUGGACUUUCAGUCAUUGUACCCUAGUAUAAUGAUUGCAUACAACUACUGCUACUCUACCUUCCUUGGACGAGCGCGUCAAUGGAGAGGACGGAACAAGAUGGGGUUCACAGACUACAUAAGACAGCCACGGAUGCUAGAGCUGCUUAAAGACAAAAUCAACAUCGCACCAAAUGGCAUGAUAUACGCGAAACCGGAAGUGCGCAAAUCACUCCUCGCAAAAAUGCUCGCAGAGAUCCUUGAAACUCGGGUAAUGGUCAAGACCGGCAUGAAAAUGGACAAAGACGACAAGGCAUUGCAGCGUCUGCUUAACAACAGACAGCUGGCGCUCAAGCUAAUCGCGAACGUCACCUACGGAUAUACCUCAGCCUCAUUCUCAGGCCGCAUGCCCUGUUCGGAAAUCGCAGACAGCAUUGUCCAAUCCGGGCGAGAGACGCUUGAGAAAGCCAUCGCAUUCAUCCAUUCCGUUGAACGAUGGGGGGCCGAGGUAGUCUACGGCGACACCGACAGUCUCUUCAUCUACCUGAAAGGACGCACGCGAGACGAGGCCUUCUCUAUCGGCGAAGAAAUCGCCAAAUCCGUCACAGAAAUCAACCCCCACCCCGUCAAACUCAAGUUCGAGAAAGUCUACCACCCAUGCGUCCUCCUAGCCAAGAAACGCUACGUCGGCUUCAAAUAUGAACACCGGGACCAAACCGAGCCCGAGUUCGACGCGAAAGGCAUUGAAACCGUCCGACGAGACGGCACGCCUGCAGAACAAAAAAUCGAAGAAAAAGCCCUCAAACUCCUCUUCCGCACCGCCGACCUCAGCCAAGUCAAACGCUACUUCCAAUCCCAAUGCACCAAGAUAAUGCAAGGCCGCGUCUCCGUUCAAGACUUCUGCUUCGCGCGAGAAGUCCGCCUCGGAACCUACAGCGACCGUCUCCCACCCCCCGGGGCCCUCAUCAGUGCUAAAAAGAUGCUCGCUGAUCCCCGCUCCGAGCCUCAAUACGGGGAACGCGUCCCCUACGUCGUGGUAACCGGCGCCCCGGGCUCCCGCCUCAUCGACCGGUGCGUACCCCCCGAAACGCUCCUCCAUGAUCCCCAUCUCGACCUCGACGCAGACUACUACAUCACCAAGAACCUGAUCCCGCCUCUUGAACGAAUUUUCAACCUCGUCGGCGCUAACGUCCGCCAAUGGUACGACGAGAUGCCGAAAGUGCAGCGCGUGCGUCGCGUCGAAGGAACAAUGGCAACUUCAGGGGGUGGUAGGAAAACGCUCGAAUCGUACAUGAAAUCCUCGACAUGUGUGAUUUGUAAGGCGCGAUUAGAGGACGCGGAUGUUCCCGUUUGCUCGAGGUGUCUACGGCAGCCGCAACUGGGAUUGUUUGAGUUGGUCUCGCGCCAGCGGUGCGCGGAGAAGAAGGUGGCGGAUCUGCAUCAGAUUUGUCGGUCUUGUAUGGGAGUUCCGUUUGGAGAAGAGGUGAACUGUGAUAGUAAGGAUUGCCCGGUGUUUUAUUCCCGGACUAGGGACUUGGCGAACUGGAGACAUACGAAGGCUGUUUUGGAUCCUGUUAUCAAGUUGUUGCAGGAGAAAAGUGAGAAGGAGUUGGAGUGGUAGGGUGAUGUUUGUUUUGGUUUACUCUAGGCUUGGUUAAGAGGUUGGAUGUGAUGGCGUUUUUUUACCUUGUCUGUUGGCAGGCAGACAGGUAGAGGUUCUGUUACGGGAAGUCAGACAUAUAUGUACUAUUACUAUGUCUAACAAUGACGGGGCUUAGGAAGUUACAUUCAGGAGACCUGUAUUUAAAUGACAAUAAACUAGAUGCAUGGG